AUGUAUUUCCAAAGUGAUCACCAAAAAUUGUACAUUCAAACAGUAGCGGAGACAGUAAACAAACCUGACGCUGCGGUCAAACGUUCUUCCCGGGCCGAGCACGGUUUGGGUGGAGACUUCCCCGCUAGCAGCAGCCAGGGCGGUCAGUCUCAGCAUCAAGUUCAGAGAGCCCUACUCCCAGGAGGAGUUGGCCGCACUCUAUCCUUCGCAUUUGAAGCUUCAAUUGGUCCAGGUGGCGAAAGGACACCAGUUUCGGCUCGCUUUCAAAAUGUACGUGUACCGAUUAACUGGCCAUAUUGUGCUGUCGCACGCCGUAUGACCUCAAUGGUCGCGACAAGUAAAGAUCUCUCCACCUGGGAUACGUUACAAUGGCGAAGGAAAAUCGAGACGUUCGGCCAUGAUGACGAGGCGGUUUCAACACGUGGCCCAGCCGGAGAGACUGAGGCCAUUUGUCACGCCGGAGAGCUAACGGAUAAAGGACGCCAGACCACUUUCGAACUCGGACAGCGCUUACGCCAUCUCUACGUGGAUCAGCUCGGAUUCAUGCCAAAAAUCAUGUCCAACGCGGAGGAUAUGUACCUUCGUACCAGUCCCAUCCCUCGCGCGCUCGAAUCAAUGCAACAGGCUUUUAUGGGGAUGUAUCCUGCCAGCGCGCGCACGGCAGAUUUCGAAACACCAGCCAUCGUAACACGAGCCUUUGCGGAGGAAACCGUAUAUCCCAACGAUGCCAACUGCCGGCGUUUCAGACAACUUUCGAGGCUCUUUGCCGAACGAGCCGCCCAAAGGUGGAACGAUACUGAUGACAUGAAAUAUUUGACCAAGUUAUUCUCGAAAUGGAUGCCGUCGAGCUCUCCUCGAGUCGCUGUUGACUCUCACCCUCGUCUUUCGGGUAUCAUGGACACCAUUAAUGCCACACUAGCUCAUGGACCGGCUACAAGACUCCCCGCAGCAUUUUAUGAUGCGAAAGCUUUAGAAAUUAUCGACAAGAUCGCGGUCGAGGAAUGGUACGCAGGUUACAAGGAAAAUGUGGAAUACCGACGUCUCGGCAUUGGUGGCCUGAUGGGAGAUGUCGUCGAUCGCAUGGUAAGCACCGCUCUGGAAGGAGGCUGGCGCAGUGAAGUGGCUUCCUCUGUCCCAGAGGGUUCCAGGGUGCCAAUCAAAUUUACUAUGAGUGGCUGUCAUGACACGACUCUUGCCGCGGUCUUAUCAAGUCUGGGUGCAUUCGAUAAUGAAAGGUGGCCCUUCUUUACGUCUCACAUAUCACUCGAAUUAUUCUCAACCAACAAUGAAUCGCAAAAGCUUGCUCACAAAAGAGAAUCGACACAAUCAUCACAAACUGCGAAUGCCGGAUUGUUCUCCUUCCUUAGCAAAACCCGUGUCCCCGCCCCUCUACAAAAUCCUACGCCUUCGACGUCUCCCUCGUCUACUGCUCGCGUUCCUCUCUCGGACCUCGAAGAAUCUAGUCGCAAAACCUUGCAAAAGUAUUAUGUCCGGAUUCGCUAUAACGACCGACCCAUGAAAAUCCCGGGCUGCGUCGCAAAAACUGCUAAUCAUCUACCUGGUGACGACUCUUUCUGUACCCUGGAAGCGUUCAAAGAGAUCGUGGACAAAUUUACUCCCCAACAAUGGCAAUCAGAGUGUUCGCAAAAUCUGGGUGAUGGUAUUUUUGGUAAAGAUGAUAAAGAUAAAUCUGUUGCUGGUUAUUAA